AUGGCGGACCCUCAGCGCGAAGCCCGGACCCCUCUCGGGGUCAUCCACUCCAACUUCGCAGCUGCUCCUGCGGGCCAGGGAACACGCCGGAGCAAGCCGGCCUCCCGGGGGUCCCAGCCCGGCGGGGGGGCAGGUUCGGCCGUCGCGCAGACCCGCAUUCCCAAGCCCACUCCCCCGCCCCAGUCCCAGCCCAGGGCUCCAGGCACCGCCUACAGUGUGGCCGCUGGCCCCUCCAAGCCCCACCCCACGGCCUCCCAGCCCCAGCACACACCUGCCCCCAGCUUCGCUCUGUACGACAACCCCAGCUUCGACUCGCCGCACUACGACCUGCGAGCGGAGCACAGCGAGGGUUUGACCCCGGGCUUCCUCGCGGAGGAUGCUCCUGGCUCGAGCCACGUCAGCGAGUGGCUGUCCUCCGUCAGCCCCCUCGCCCAGAGGACGGCGUCCCGGGUGGACGCAGCAGCGCCGGAGUGCGAGACGCCCCUAGCCCCGCGCCAGGGCAUGGGGCGACUGGUGAACGCUUACCUGCGCACGGGUCCCCAGAUGCUCUCGCCUGAGCCGGGUGCGGGGAGGGACGGCGCGAUCCUGGCCCCGAGCGUGGCGCAGGAGCGUCCCAACUCCGGCAGGCCUGGGGCCCCCAAGGCUAGACGAGAGGAGUUCUGGGCGGAGGAUGGCACGCUGCUGGCUAGAAGUCAUGUUGGCGAGGUGCCAGACAAGGAUCAAGAGGCCUCCUCGGGGCCGUCGGGGGACAAGCCCUUUCCCCUGCGCGUGCCGACCUCCAGCGGGGAAUCCGACCAGUUCAGGGCUCCAACGGGCCACGGCGCCGUCUCCCCGCCGACCUUCUCCUUUGGCGGGGCGAUGGUCGCCGCCGGCGACGGCGCGGCCGUCUUGCCCACCCCCGCCCCCCGCUUUGCCCAGGCCACGCAAGCCGUGCCCGCCGGCAGCGCCGGGUCCCUCCUCGCGCCGUCCGGCAGCGUGACCGGGCCCGCGCUGUCCUGCGUGGGCCCCACCCCGGGGACAAACCCCUUCCGCGCCAUGUUGGCGCACCUGCGCGGCCCGGCCUACGAGUCCCCGGCGUACGGCGAGGGCGCCGCGGGCAGCGUCCCCGGGCAGGGGCCAGCGGAGGCCGGCGCGCUGGGCAGCCCCCGCUCCCCGCCCCACCUCACCCCCAUGCCCCUCAUCUCCGUGGGCGGCGAGGCGAGGGCGGCGGCGGCGGGGCACGGGGAUUCCACGGCACGCGGGGCCCAGGCGGCGGCAGAGGCCGUCCAGGCCACCCCGGCGCAGGAGGGGGCACACCUCGUCCCCACCACCCCCGUCCUGGGUCAAGGUAGCGUGAGCCGGUGGUUGGCGCGGCGUGGGCUGGGAGACGCGCUGGGCACGCCUGCGCGCGGGGAGCUGCGGCGGCUGUGGGCCGCCGCGGGGCAGGUGCAGGAGGUGGAGGCGCGCAACGCGCAGCUGAGCGCCGAGUUGGAGGGCGUGCGCGCCGCGCUGGGCGCGCUGGGCCUGGAGAGCGAGGCGGAGCGCGCGGAGCGCAUUGCUGCGGAGGAGGAGCUGGCGGCCGCGCAGGCAGCCGCGCAGCACAUGGUGGUCCUGGCGGCCCGCAUCCAGGAGCUGUUCGUGAGCUGCGAGGCGGAGCGGGCCCAGCUCCUGGCCCAGCUCCAGGCGCAGCGUGCGGAGCAUGAUCAGGCCCGGCUGGCGGCGCUGCACGCUGAGCUGGACACCACCAGGCUGGAGGGGCUGCACGCUGGGCACGCUGCGGGGGCCAUCCCCGCAACCCCCAGGAUCAAGCAGGCGAGCUGGGAUGAGGGGCGGGGGCUGCUGGAAAGCUCGGCCGCCGAGCUGGCGGGGGUCCGCGCCAUGCUGCGGGGAGUGCCUGCAAGCCCGGCCGUGGCCCGGCAGGCAAGGCUGGCCCGCACGCUGCAGGAGGCCCGCGCCAGCCUGGCGGAGGGCAGGGCGCACCAGACCCCGGCGGGGGGAGGCGGGAGCGUCGUUCGCGCAAGGGGCACCCGUUUCGGACCCACGCAGUACAUUGACGGAGCACAGAGUGCCGCACUGGCGCGUCAGCUGUCCCUUGGGGACAGAGAGGAGGGCGAGGGCCCGGACCAGCAGGUCACGCCUCAUACUCAUAUUGCGGCUCGGGAGCCGGGGACAGCACUGAAGGAGGUGUUCUACACACCGUUUGCCGGCACGCCCUCCACCGCCACGACCAUCACCGUGGACUACAGCACGCUGUGUGGCCACUUGGCCGGCGCGUCGCCCGAGGUGACCUCCAGGCUGCAGGCCAUGGAGGAGGGGCGCACGCCCUUCUCAAUCCAGGGCACUGUAGAGGGCGCGACAAGCGACAACCCAGAGUUGCUGGCGGUGGCAGAGGAUGUCGACGCCGUCUGUCGGCGCAGCCCGAGCCCUGGCAGCCCGCAGUCCUCCCUUGGACCCUCUGGCGAGUUGAGCCCAGGUGCAGCUUUGGCCCAGUCGGCGGAAAAGGAGGGAGCCGUGGCAGCGGCACCUACUGCUGCCAGCACUCUGGAUGCGGACUCGCAGACCGAGGCCGCCGCCUCCGUCGACGAGGACCAGUGCACGGUCUUCCACGGGGCCUUUGUCGUCACAAACGUCCCGGCCUCACGAGUCUCAGGGGUCCGGGAGAUGGUCCGCUACUACGAGGCCCUAGCAGGGCGGGAGGAAGAAGGCGCAGCAGGUGUCAGGCACGCCCUGGCAGGGGAGGCCCAUGGCAGGCCCGACACCCCGUCUUCCGAGAAUGUGCCGCCUUUUGCCGCAUCUCAGGCAGACGCAGAGGGCGUGCAGCCCUUGGAGGGAGGAGCAUGGGAGGCACGGCCGGAUGCAGACCUGAAGGGGCUGGACGGCGUCCUUUCGGAGGCUGCCAUUGGCGCCACUCCCCAGCACGACUUUGAUGGGGUGGAGCAAGCGGGAGCUGCGACCGGCGGCACGCUCGGCUGGGACGGGCCACAGGAGCUGGCCACACCGCCGGGCUUUUCUGCGGCGGAUGCGCACAGUCCCGGCGCCUCACCCCACCGCCCCACGCCCCUCAACUUCCUCGCCAGGCCGGGCGGCAUGGGGCCUGUUGCUGACGAGCAGGGGAGCGCUGCCCUCCGGCCAGGUGACCAACCCGCCGAAUCCAUCACCCUUGGAGCGGUGACGACCUCGACGCCGCUUCCCACGGUCCAGACCCACGCCACCGAACUCCCGGGCCCGACGGCGGCGCUGUUGACCCCCUCGGGGGUGCUGGACGCGUCCCCAGCGUCCAUUGCCUCCUCGGCAUCCUUAGCCUGGGCGCACGGCGCGGCCACGCCGCCACCAGCCAGCCUGGACGUGUCGCCUGUGAGGCCAGUCGCGGUCGAGGCGCCAGGCGGUGCGGGGUCCGAAGCGGGCAGCUGGUCCGCCGACCAGCUCCCGCGUCGCUCCGUGCCAUCCGACGGUGCGAUGGCUGACAGUGGUCCUUUCGUUGGCGACGGCGCGGCGGUCAUUCAUAGCCAGUCGACCACCAUGGGCGGCUCUGGGGCGGGGAGCAUGGCCUCUGUCACCUCCAGCGACGAGGAGGCAGUAGAGGGGCUGGCGGCAGGGCCUGUUGACAUGGAUCCUACGCAGCUUGGACCCCCCGCGCUCCAGCUUGUCUGUGGAAUCAUCGAUGGCGCCUAUGCUUCUGGCUCACCAGACGUCGUGGCCACUCCCGCCCCUGUGUCUUUGUACACCCCGGGCACGGCGCCGCGCGGGCGCAUCGCCACGCCUGCGUCGGCGUUCAGCGUCAGCUCGCUCGCGGCAAAGCCCGCCGCAGAUGUGCAGGAUGCGGUGCGGGGCCGUCUCGCCCGGCUCAAGGCCGACCUCAAGGCAGCUCAGUCGAAGCUGGCCACCGUGGACCAGGGCCUGUCUGCCAUGGACUUCACGCCUUCCACCGCCGGCAGCCAAGCGUCCGUCCAGCGUCCGCCCCGCCCGGUCCCCUCCCCACUGCCGGCGCCCUCUUUCGCGCCGGACGCGAGCGAUACAAAUGUCAGCCAGCCUGUGCGAGAGGUCCAGCGACAGCACCCGCCGUCCCCGGCCGCGUCCACGGCAGCCUCCGAUCCAGUUGCCGCACCCAGCGACCCGACACAGCACGCCCCUCCUCCCCCCAGCACAAACCCCAGCGGGGCGCGGGGUGCGUGGCGCGGGGUCAGUUUCCAGCCGGGCUCCACACCAGAGCACAGCGCGCGCAGCAGCGCGAGCUGGAGGCCGGCCACGCCCGGCACGGCGCUGGAUGCCGGCGCCGGUGCGGGCGAGGACUUUCACGCGGGCGAGGCCUCGAGCCAAGGCAUCCGCGCCGGCAUGGGCAGAGGCGCGGGCCCCGAGGCGAGCCCAGGUGCGAAGGCAGCUCUCAGGCCCCGAGUGCAGGCCCUCCCACCCGACCACUCCUCCAGCAGCAGCGAUGAGGAGGGGGUGCAGGCGGUCGGCGUCCGACGCACGCAGGCAUCACCCGUCACACCCGCACAGGCGGCGGGGACCCUCCAGCCGCCCACCCCCGCCUCGGCAUGCACUUCCGCCUUUGAGUUCAGCCCCCUGCUGGCCCCGCCCCGGGGCCGGCAUGUUGGCCUGCCCCCUCGGCCCCGCCGCCUGCCCACGGCGUCAGAAGACAGGGAGUUUCGGCGCCGUGCGGCGGCCCUAAACAUCCACGUCUCCCCAUACUUCCGCUGA